UUGUUCUCUAUCUAUCUGUGUCUUUCUCUCUCCCAUCAGAGAGGGGACCACUUCCUUUUUCUUCUUCCGCCUGUCUGUUUUUUCACUUUUCCUUCGCUAUGUAGGUAUGCAGGCAGAGAGCGUGGCUAAAUAGGUGCAAUAUCUGAGCCGUCCAUCAGGUGGGUCUGACUGUUUAGAUGUUCUUUACCAAAACUAAGUUUAGCCCAUUUAGCAGGUGGGCCACCCUGUUUGAAACAAUUGGACGGGUAAGCAGCCGAGUUAUUAUUUAUUUUUUUCAGCUGUAUAUUUGUUUCAUUAUCUUGAGUUAGAGAGCGUGGCUGACAGGUGCAAGUUCCAAGCCGUUCAUCAGGUUGGUCUCACCAUCUAGAUGUUCUUGAUCAAAACUAACGCUGACCCGUUCAUUAGGUGGGCCACGGUAUUACAAACAAUUGCGCAGGUGAAAGAUCGAAGCCGUCCAUCAUGUGGGUCUCACCGUCUAGAUUUUCUUGAGAAAAAACUAUCUGGUCCAUUCAGCAGGUGGACCACGGUGUUAGAAACAGUUGGACAGGCAAUUCUAUCUGAACUCUCAUCGGUUUCUUGAGUGAUACAGUUCCUAAGAAAUGGUCGGGAAUCCGGCUAGUUUCGAAGACCGUGGUUAUGUUUCUCAGUGGGAUGGAAAAAGCAGCAAUGCUACAGCAUUUGUUCAAUUCAAUGGGGUGUUGCUACCCAGCAUACAGACACUGGGCGAACGAAUGUGUAGGACUGUUGAUCUUGUACAUGAGGAUGACGAAAUGUGCAGGAGGAGACAUUUGAUAGAGUGCGAUCGUCAAGACUACAGCUCUUCACAUGGCCAAGGACUAUCUCUAUCUCUCAGUUCAUAUCCUCCACCUGUCAUGCCGAUUUCUUCAUUCAGUUACACUCAAACUGACUUGCACACAAAUCAAGCAGGCUGUAGUCGUUCCAUUUCCAGAGAAGAGGCAGGAGAUAUGAGGUUUGCAUCAUCUGCCGUGUCGCAGAGCCAUUCUGGUUCAACUUCUGAUGAAUUAGUAUCUUUCAGUGCUGUCUUGAGGAAUUCCAGAUAUCUAAGGCCAGCUCAGAAACUGCUUGAAGAAGUUGUUAGCGUCAGCAGAGAUGUCGAGUUUGACUCAGAUAAGCAGUUGAGACAGGACACAAGGAUAACGCGGAGUGGGAUGGGAGCUCUUGGAGCAGCUGCUGAAGCUGGGAAAAAUGCCAUGAAUAGACAGAAAACAGAUGUGGUUUGGAGCCAUGGGGAGUGUUCACCCAUCGACAUGCAUGAUAUUCAGAUUAGAAUUACAAAACUCGUUGCUUUACUCGAUGAGGUCGACAGCAGAUAUGAACAGUACUGUCGUAGGAUGGGCGAAGUUGUGUCGUCAUUUGAGUUGGUAGCUGGCCUAGGGGCUGCUAAGUCUUACACUGCUCUCACACUCCAAGCGAUGUCGAGACACUUCCGCAGCUUAAGAGGUGCGAUAAUAACUCAAAUACGUGCAGCAAGACGAUGCCUUUCCAAAGAGUUGCCGAGAAUCCACGGCGGUCUUUCCAAACUUAGCUUGCUCGACCAGAAUGCCCGGCAGAAGGGAGGAGCUCUUCAACAAAUGGGUAUGAUCCAAAUCCAACAAGCAUGGAGGCCGCUUAGAGGGCUGCCGGAAAAUGCUGUUGUAGUCCUCCGCGCUUGGCUUUUCGAACACUUCCUCCAUCCGUAUCCCAAUGACUCCGAGAAACUAAUGCUGGCUUCGCAGACAGGCUUAUCCAGAAAUCAGGCAAUUUCCUAACACCCACUUGGAAAGGGAAGUGAUAUUACACCCAACGAAUUUUCUGCUUUGCCAGAAGCAGAAGAAGCGGUGUAUGGAUCAUCAAAAGCAUAGGGUGUAAUUGUCACCUCCCAUUUAGAAAUUUCAACUGUCUGGUUAUGGUUGCAACAUGAGCUUUUCGUGAUUGUUUCAGGUAUCGAAUUGGUUCAUAAAUGCCCGUGUUCGGUUGUGGAAGCCUAUGAUCGAAGAGAUGUACAGAGAAGAGACUGCAGAGGCAUCUACGGAUUCAAAUCCAUCCUCCGAAAACAUGUCUAUGGCAAGGAAGGAGGUGUGACUAGAUCAUGUAGGGAAGCAGAGAGGAGGAUCAAUAGCGAAAGUAGUGUUUCAUGAUCAGAAGAUAAAUUUCAUCAUUCUCCUCAACUCUGAUUCAGUUCACUUAUUUACUUGAUCAUCUAAAAUUCUGUAACUGGUAGGUAUAGUGUAAGUGAAAAUUUUCAGCUAAAUGAAGAAACGACAUCUUCCUUUUUUGUCUUCU